AUGCUUCGUACAGCAGCUCUCCUCACACUCGCUUCAUACGUCUUAGGACACGGCUACAUUAGUGAAUUCUACAUCGGCGACCAACGCCACGAUGGUUCCCAAGCCUCUCAGGCUGGCCCAGCCAUACGUGGUGUUCCAAGUGACUUGGGAUAUGUCAAAUACUGGAACCUCAACAAUGCAAACGUUGUAUGUAAUGAAAACGGCAACCAGCCAGCACAGCAGACAGUAGACGCGUACGCAGGCGACGUGGUCAAGAUGCGCUGGCACGGUGACCGCGGUCCUACCGGCGACUACUGGGGGCACUACGAGGGACCGAUCAUGUCGUACAUGGUUCCAUGUAAUGGUGACUGCACGCAGUUCACACCAGACGAAAACACUAUGAUGUUCAAACUCGACGAGGCUGGUCUCGACACAUCGAAGCCACGCUCUCCUCAAGGCUUCUGGCCUACUAGACCUUCCGGACAAGGUCAAUGGGCUCAGGACAGGAUGUCGACUGAGCAGCAAUCAUGGUGGCAGACCACCAUCCCAUCCGAUCUCGCUGAAGGUCAAUACCUCCUCAGAAACGAAAUCAUCAACUUGGCUUCAGCUAAAAGCGCUAACCCUGGUGGACACACUUGGCCAGGCGGUAUCCAGUCCUACCCACAAUGUAUCCAGCUUAAUGUUAAGGGCGGUCAAGGCGUCACACCACCUAUGACCAAGGCUACAGAAGUCUUCACUGAGGAUGACAAGUUCUUGAACAUCUACACUCCAGGUCCUGAUGGUAUUGCUUCUUACGAUAUCCCAGGCCCUGCUCCAUACGUUCCUGGCUCUAAUAACCAGAAACGUAUGCGUCGUCACUCUCGCCGUAACGCUCACUAA